CACGAGUAGCGUCGCAUAUGAGCUUCGCAUUUUUUGUCAAAAAUCUUAAAAUAUUUAAAAUGGAGUACGUUUGGUAUCGUGUAAGCCGAGUGUCUAAUUUUUGUUAAAUUUGUCAAUGUUUAGUGUUGCCCCAUUAGGGGUGUCAUAUAUUCCAACAUGGGAAAGUUACUGUCGAAAAUUUUCGGAAAUAAGGAGAUGAGAAUUUUGAUGUUGGGGCUGGAUGCGGCUGGAAAAACGACAAUUUUAUACAAAUUAAAAUUAGGCCAAUCAGUAACAACAAUACCAACUGUUGGAUUCAAUGUUGAAACAGUAACUUACAAAAAUGUCAAAUUCAAUGUGUGGGACGUGGGUGGACAAGAUAAGAUAAGGCCAUUAUGGCGACACUAUUACACAGGCACACAAGGUUUAAUUUUUGUGGUCGACUGUGCCGAUAGAGAUCGGAUAGACGAAGCACGAACUGAACUUCAUAGAAUAAUAAAUGAUAGAGAAAUGCGUGAUGCAAUUAUACUAAUUUUUGCCAAUAAACAAGACCUUCCAGACGCAAUGAAGCCGCACGAAAUCCAAGAAAAACUCGGUCUAACUCGAAUACGAGAUAGAAAUUGGUACGUACAGCCAUCCUGUGCAACAUCCGGCGAUGGACUAUACGAAGGCCUAACGUGGUUAACAUCCAACCAUAAAUUAUGAGAAUAAGUGUGCGACCGUGUGUAACGGUUUAAGUUUACGUUUAAAAAAAAGGAAACAAACAAAUAAGCAAAAGAGAAAAUUGAAAAUGAAAAUGAGCAAAGAAAAAUAUGAAGAAAAAAAAAUAAAGAGAAAAAUGUGUGAAAAUGCAUUGAGAAAUCAAAGAAACAAAAAUUUUCAGCAACAGAAAAGUAAAAUUGAAACAAAAAACCAAAUUUUAAUUUUUUGGUGGUAUGUAUGAAUACAGACACACCCACACAAACAGACACACACACCUAUUAUACACACAACAAAAUUAAAUAAAAAAUUAAAAUUUAAAAAUAAACAAAAAAAAUCGAAUUUUUCGAAGUUUCAUUCAAUUGAUGAAAAUGAACAAUUAUUUUAUAAAUAAUUUCGGAAUUUUCGAAAUAUUAAAUAAUUCAUAAAAACACAAAAAAAAACAAUUUAUUAAUUAUACAAUUGAUAUAAUAGGAGAAUGUUAAAUUAAUCGCAAAUUGUAUAAUUUAUGGAAGAAGAAAAUAUUUUUUAAUUUAAAUUUAAAUAAAAAGAUAUGUGCGAUAUAAAUAAUCAUUUCUGUAAUAUCAUUUGCAUUGUUUAUUGUGCGCUCUGAUGAAUGUGUAAAUAAAAUACUGAAAAAAGAAAAACAAACAAAAAAAAUGGUUAUUUAACCAAUUUUACAAUUCACAGGAGACACAUCAGUGGAACGUAUAAACAGAUUAAAAGUGUGCGGAUUCCCAAAAAUAUUCCGAAUGGAUUUGAUGUCUCAAAAUUUUUGUCAGAUUUUUUUUCUCUCCAAAAAACAAAAAUAAUUUCAAAUUCAUUCAAUGUGUUCAGACACCGACAGACACGAGUUCGAUUACAAAUUGUGAAUAAAAUUCAUUCAUUUGGCUGUCUUUCGUUUGUAGCUCACAGUAGUUCUAUAUUCACCGAAACGGUUUUUUGCACAUACAGUCAUUAUGCACGUUAAAUUUGCCACUUUGUUUUGGCACUCCGUUAGCGAUUCGGAUUGAAAUUUAUCAGACGAUUGUUUCGGCCAGUAGAAUUUCUCGACGGAGUGGUGAAACGAAAUGGUUUCGAGAGUUAGCUUAAUCGUUUUUAAUACGCUUUUACAUAACUAGGGAUAAAGAGAUGAAAAGUGGCGUUUAUUGCUCCUUUUUGGUUGGGAUAUUUUUAUUGAUGUAGGACCCAGGAUGUACGGCUGAUGAAACGUACAAUCUUUUUUAUUAGCAAAGAGGUUCGGAACUCAUAAAAAUUUGUCUUUUCAAGUCUGGUUAUGUUCAACUACAAUGCAAUAGAACAUAAUUGAAACGGUGACGUUCGGUUCAUCAUGCUCAAUUGGCGAUCCUUCCGACUAAGCAAGACAGUUUAUAUCACCGUAACAAUCGGUAAUGUGACAUAUGAUAUGUGGCGCAAUCUCAUCUCCUACAGUUUUCCAUGCGUUUUUGUGGUCUGUUGUCUUUGAUCGUCAGUGACGCUUUUUCAAUUUUCACAAAUUGAAUGCAGUUUGAAAAUUUGGUUAUGACUUCUAUCGAUUAAUUGUUUAUGAAUAAUCGGGAAGUUCUGCCAUCGCCAUAAUAGAGUAAAAUUUGGACCUUUUUAGCACUUUCCAAUGAAAAUUAGAAAAGUCUGAUCGAGUGCAUGACGACUUUUAUAUUUUGGUAUUUUCUUUUUGAAAAAUCGCUAAUCUUGUAAGAACCUAAAAUAAUCACGAAAGUAAUUUUUCCCCUUGCUUCUGAUUUUAUGGUCAUAUACAUCAAUUACCAUCUUUCAACCAAAGAAAACUAAUGAACCAAUGAAAAAAGAAUUUUUAAAAAUGGAUUAGGCUAACACAGUUAAUACACGUUAGAGCCUAAAAUAAAAAGAAAAAGAGAAAAUUGUGAAGAAUUUAUGAUUUUGAAAUUAUUUAGUUAAUUGAUUUUAAAAGAAAUUUGUAUCUGUUCAUUGAUCAACGUAAAAAUGAUUUUAGCAAAAAAAAAGGAGAAGAGAAUUAACAUAAAAAAUGUUUAAUGAAAGUAAAACGCGCGAAUGUAUAAGAGCUGAAAGUAAAUUUUCAUGAAAAAAGUAUGAAUUGUAAAUAAUUUCUUUGCCUUAUAUUAUAUAUAAAAUUAAUUAAAAAAAUGCAAAAGCAAAAAGAUGGAAAACAAGUUAUGAAACACAAAAAAACCCGAAUGACGACGAGAAUAUAUAAUAUAAAAAGAAGUGGAACACAAAAGAAAAACAUCAACGGACAUCAACAACCGCAUCAGCUUUUUGCUUCUUGAGGUUUAAUUAAAAGAAAGAUUAAGAAAAACAAAUAAAAAUAUUUAAAAAUAAAAAUAAAUAAAAUGAAUGGAUAGAAAGUCAGAAUUAAAAAUGCGAACGAUAACUAGCCAGACAGUGAAGUGUUAUUUUAUGUUUAUUUAGAGCCACACAAAACACACAAGAAA